AUGGCUUCUUUCAUCACCAAGGGCCUCGCGUCCCUGGCUAUAGCCGCUACUGUUGCACAAGCACAGCUAUGGGACGAGGUCAUUGAGACAUCCUACGGUCCUGUCCAGGGAUAUCAGUACUUCAAUCAAUCGACUCUGGAAAAGUUCUUUGGAAUCUCCGAGGCCAACGUGACAGCAUUCUUGGGUAUCCCCUUCGCUGCUGAUACCGGUUACCAAAACCGCUGGAAGCCACCACAACCUCGUGAGCGAUGGAACCAGACUCUGAAGGCCACGGGGUUCGGCCCCGCCUGCCCAAGCAACGAUGCAUCUAACAUCAGUGAGGACUGCUUGAGCCUCAAUAUCUGGACUAAUGCUGGCACUGCGGAUGCUAAGCUCCCAGUCAUGGUGUGGAACCAGGGCUCGGAUGAAACUAGCGAUAGCAACUGGUGGUACGGUGGCGGGAUGGCCUUGAAGGAUGUCAUUCUCAUUACAUUCAAUCGUCGUGACGAUGCAUUUGGUUACCUCGCUCACCCAGAGCUCAACGAGGAAGGAUACAAGGCUACUGGGCACAAGACCUCUGGUAACUAUGGUAUCCUCGACCAGCUGGAAGUGCUCAAGUGGGUGCAGAAGAACAUUGCCAAGUUUGGUGGUGAUCCCACCCGAGUCACCGUCGCUGGUCAGUCCUUCGGAUCUUCUCAAGUCUACCACGCCGUCAACAGCCCCCUGUUCACGGGGUACUUCCACGGUGGAAUCUCCGAGUCCGGUAUUAGAUACCCGUACGACACCCUUCUGGCUGGCCUGGCUACCUCCUACGUGAACAUGUCGACUGCAAUCGAGCAUGGAGUCAACUAUACCACUUUCCACAAUGCAUCCACCAUCGCUGAGCUGCGCACUCUCUCCAUGGAGGACCUGCUAGUCGGUUCGCAGGAUCGCGUCGGCAACGAGUCCAUCUGGUGGGUGACCGCACUGUCGGCGGGCUACCCACUCAUCUUCAAGCCCGUGCUAGACGGUUAUGUCCUUCCGGAGAAGUACAUCGAGACUCUGAUCAACGGGCCAGCCAACGACGUCCCCGUCAUCACCGGCAACACCAAAGACGAAUCCGGUGCCUCGCCCCAGACCGACUAUACCAUCGCCGAGUACGAGUACUACUGCACUCUCAAGUAUGGCAACCUGUCCAGCCGAUACUUCCAGCUCUACCCGGACCACAAGAACCAGACCAUCGCAGAUCAAGCGUGGAACGCCGCCGCUCGAGACACUUCUCUCAUCGGCUCGUGGGCUUAUGCAACGGACUGGUACAAGGCAGCUUCGUCGUCGUUCUACACUUACUACUGGACCCACGCGCCGCCCGGUCAGAACAUGGGAGCGUUCCACCAGUCGGAGAUCAUGUACGCGCUGAACGCUCUCUAUGCCAAUGCCGAUACCUACCCUUUUACCGAGACAGACUAUGAGACUCAGGAGAAGAUGUCUUCAUACUGGGCCAACUUUGCGAAGACGUUGGAUCCGAAUCAGGGUGGUUCGUAUAGUGGGAAUGGUGUGCUGCCCCAGUGGAGUCCCAACAGUGCAAAUGGCACCCAGGUGGUCAUGGAGCUGGGAAAUUACUUUGGUAAUGUUCCUAUUGCGAAGCCACAGCAGGUCAAGUUGAUCAUGGAUUACUUCCAUCAGCAGGUCCCCUAUUAG